AUGGAGACUCUGGACAUCAUGGGUGAGGAGGGGAAGGAGCCGGAGUUAUCAGCCACCACAGCAGUUUAUGGAAACAGCACCUCAGUAGGUGUCACAAAUGCCACCAACAUCACCUUUUCCCCCUACUAUCAGCACUCUGUGAUUGUGGCUGCCAGCAUCAUUCUGGUCUACUCCUUCAACUUCCUGCUGUGUAUGGUGGGCAACAUCCUGGUGUGUCUGAUCGUACUGGUAAACCGUCGUAUGCGCACAGUCACCAACCUCUUCAUCUUCAACCUGGCCAUCAGUGACCUUCUGGUGGGCAUCUUCUGCAUCCCUACAACACUGAUGGACAACCUGAUCACAGGUUGGCCUUUUUCCAACACUGUGUGCAAGAUGAGAGGCUUUGUGCAGGGAGUGUCUGUUUCUGUGUCAGUCUUCACCCUGGUGGCGAUCGCUGUAGAAAGGUUUCGCUGCAUAGUUUACCCUCAACAACCUAAGACAACUGUACGUGUUGCCAAGGCUGCCAUCGUGUUGAUCUGGGUGCUGGCGAUGAUGAUCAUGUGUCCUGCUGCUGUGGCGCUAACUGUGAAGAAAGUUCCUUUCCAUUACAACAAUGACUUCAACAACGCGUUACCUCUGUACACCUGCUAUGAAGACUUCUCCAAACCUCGGAUGAGAAAAGACUACAUUGUUAUCCUGUUUGUUUACAUCUAUAUGGUUCCCCUCACUGCCAUCAUUUUGAUGUACGGAAUCAUCGGGGUCAAACUGUACACCUUUGUGGCAGCAAACAGAGAACCACAGCUGGCUAACGCACCUGACCAGGUAGGAGGUAGAAGAGGAAGGCAGCAUUUGACAUUGCGGAAGAAGAUCAGGGUGAUAAAGAUGAAUGCUAUGGUGGCUUUGCUCUUCAUGCUCUCCUGGUUCCCAUUCUGGACCCUAAUGAUGAUGGCAGUCUGCGACGGUUUGGGAAAGGACAAGCUGGACCUUGUCAACAGCUACUUAUUUCCUUUUGCUUACUGGCUGGCUUACGCCAACUCCAGCAUUCACCCCAUCAUCUACUGCUACUUCAAAAAAGGCUUUAAGAAAGGCUUCCAGGCUGUGUGCAAAUCUCGACUUUUCUGUACCUUCCUGCAGAGCCAGCUGUGGAGGAGAAUCACUGGGUGGGGCACCAGUACCCGGUCUGGGAAAGCACCAUGCAGAGCCACUGACUUUGGAGACCCCAGUGGCAAUUGCAAACAUGUCGUCAUGGGGGGGGGGGAUCGAGUCCAAAACGACGACAAUUUGUGUGACGGGGGGGAAGGGAAUAAGAGUGGCAGGCUGAGGAGUGUGGUGGUCCAUUCAGGAAGACGUGAUACAGAUCAAGGUUUUGAAAUGGCAGAAAUCCAUAAAAGUAUCAGUCAUAGAGAAGAGUCGCACAGGGUGGGUACAGGAGGGGUUUAUCAUACAUGUGGAAGGGGCAGGCUGAGGAGUGUGGUGGUCCACUCAGGAAGAUGUGGUACAGAUCAAGGUUUUGAAAUGGCAGAAAUCCAUAAAAGUAUCAGUCAUGGAGAAGAGCCGCACAGGGAGAAGGCAGACUGGGAGAAGGCAGACCUUCUCUGUGGGAUUCUACAGUCACCUCUGGAUGCCGACCUUAACGUUCUGCACAGUGACUCGGAGCAGGGCUGCACAAAAUUCUUCAAAAUGACCGUGUCAUCAGCGUACAUCAAGACCUCCACACCGUCACUGAUGGAUGGUAGAUCGUUGAUGGCUGCCGAGGCCACUGCUGCGGUGCCAGGCGGUGCUGGGACUGCGGUGCUGGCUGGUGCUGCUGCAGAGCAGGGCAUAGUUGAAAUGGUUGUUGUAGGUGGAGCUCUCCCUGGGGAGGAUGCUGCGGAGCCUCGUAGCAGCGGGGUUUCAGAGAAAGUAAGUGUGUCUGGUGUGAUCAGUGAGGAUGAUGAGUGUCAGGAUGAUGAAGGAUCAGAAAUGACUGUGUGUGAUGAACAGAGUGACAGACAGGUAAAGGUGAGAAAUGAAAGUCCAAAGAGUAAAAUCUUAGUGUGUGAUGAUCUUUAUGAUGAUGAAGAUUUGUCUGAUGAAGAGCUCAUUAAAAUCUCUCAGAAGAGGAAAAUCUCAGAUAAUGUGCAGACCAGUGCUAAAGCUUUAAACGCUAAGAGAGACAGAAAAGCUGGGGCGGUCCCAGCAGAGAGUGACAGUAACUUCAUGUCCACACAGGAGGAGAGUAACAACUACUCUCUAGCCCAGAUCAGGAAGUUCCAACACAACACUACGUUUUCAAUCUAA